AUGGCGGGUGAAAAGGCAGAGAAGCCUGAUAAAAAGGAGAAGAAACCUGUGUCCAUGAAGGCUGGCGGCGACGCUGCUGCUGCUGGUGUGGUCAAAAGUGGUAGUCCUAAGGCUAAAAAGCUGAGGAAGAGUAAGCCCCUUUGCAGCCGAAACCCUGUCCUGGUGAGCAGAAUUGGCAGGUACUCCCGAUCUGUUACGUAUUCCAGAAAGGCCUUGUACAAAAGGAAAUACUCUGCUGCCAAGACAAAGGUUGAGAAGAAGAAGAAGAAGAAAGAAAAGGUCCUUGCUACAGUCACAAAAACGGUGGGUGGGGACAAGAACGAUGGCACCCGGGUGGUGAAGCUUCGAAAAAGGCCUAGGUAUUAUCCUACUGAAGACGUGCCUCGGAAGCUGCUGAGCCACGGCAAGAAGCCCUUCAGCCAGCACGUGAGGAGGCUGCGCUCCAGCAUCACUCCCGGGACUGUCCUGAUCAUCCUCACUGGGCGCCAGAGGGGCAAGAGAGUGGUUUUCCUCAAGCAGCUGGGCAAUGGCUUGCUACUUGUGACUGGACCUCUUGCCCUCCACAGAGUGGAGAGAGAAUAUUUACUGUGUCACAGAAUGCAGAGAUCUCCAUCCAUUCCAGUGAGCAGUUGCAAAUGUACAUUUGCAAUUGGAAAUGUAUCUACAAGAGGAUACAUUCUGGGACACACUGUUGUAUAUUAUGGCUUCAAUGAUGGGAUGUUUGCUAUGAGCAGGCCUCCUGUGCCCGUAACCACUGUGGAACUCCUGUUAGGAUUGCAGGCUGUAGAAUUUGAGUGGGUAUCUGGAUACUGGUCUGCUCCUGGUGAGGAAGUGGACCAGAAGGGAGAUGAGGCUUGGAGAAAGAAGACCAAGAAGGCUUCCAAAGCCAAUAUCAAAAUGGAUCUAAAGUAUCAGGAAGGGAUACUUGCUCGAGCUUUUGCAAUCCCAGGAAGUCGGAUUACGCUAGAUCCCUUUGUGUAA